AUGUGUCUUUUCACGGAGAAGGAUUUCCACGGAGACUAUUUCAGGUCAACAGGGGACACGAGAAAGCCAUGGGUGGCAAAAGCGAAAACGUACACCAAAAAAGACUACUGGGCCCGCAACUUCUCCUCCCCAUCUGAACUGGAAUGGUUCAUCAGCAUCACCAUCUACUUCUUCUUCACCCUCGCCGCCUCCGUCAAAAUCAUGCUCACCCACGGCCUCACCCCCUCCUCCCUCCUCACCCUCGCCCACAGCACCACCAUCUCCCCGCAAUCCCUCACCAUGGGCCGCACGCUCCCCACCACCGCCCUCGCCAUCAUCGCCAACACCCCACAACUCCUGCUGUCGCUCGCCUACCUCCUCUCCAACCGCCUCGUCACCGCCCUCGCCCUCUCCCGCGAAUGGUCCGCCUACGCCACCGGCCCUGCACACAAACCCCUCCGCACGACCCACCCCCGCGGCCAGCAGCGCUCGACGUACUGGCUGCAGAUACCGUACCGCUUCGCCUUGCCCCUGCUCGCGGCGUCGGCGCUGCUGCAUUAUCUUACGUCGCAGGCGCUGUUUUUCGCUGAGAUUAGGGUCUUCGCGAACACGGGGGGCGAAGACGGUCGGCCCGUCGUCACGGCAGAUGUCGCGGGGUUGGGGUCGUCGAAUGCGGCGAUGCUGGCGCUGGCGGUGUGCGCGACGGGGCUGAUUGUGGUGAGUAUGGGGCUGGGGUGGCGGACGAAUAGGGCGGGGAUGCCGCCGGUGAGGUUUUGCAGCGCGGUGGUGGCGGCGGCGUGUCAGCGGCCGGCGGGCGAGGAAAGAGCCGGGGAGGAGGCGUUGCGGUGGGGGGAGGUGGUGGGGUUGAGGGGGAGGGGGAGGGAAGAAGAUGGUGGGGUGGAGAGGGAGGUGGGGCGUUGUUGUUUUACCAGUGGGGAGGUGGAGGAGCCAGUGGAGGGGAGGAGGUAUAUGUAG